AUGGCGCUCAGCACCCGCCUCACCUCUCCCCUCCGACAUGUGCUGGCAGCUCUGCGCUGGGCAGCCCCGGGGCAGCGCCGGGAGCUCAGCACCCUGCAGGGACCGGGGCGCACGCUGGACCUGGGCGGCAUCUUCCCCCCCCUCGCCACCCCCUUCUCACCCAUGCAGGAGGUGGACUACGGGCGGCUGGAGGGGAACGUGCACCGCUACGGCAGCAUCCCCUUCCGAGGGCUGGUGGUGCUGGGCUCCAACGGGGAGUACCCCUACCUGGCACCCCAGGAGCGGCUGGAGGUGGUGAGCUGCGUGCGCCGGGCUCUGCCCAGGGACCGCCUGCUGCUGGCCGGCUCGGGCUGCGAAUCCACCCAGGCCACCAUCCAGAUGACCCUCAGCAUGGCAGAGGCGGGGGCUGAUGUGGCGCUGGUUGUGACACCCUGCUACUACCGGGGAGCCAUGACCAGCGCUGCCCUGGUCCAGCACUACACGGAGGUUGCCGAUGCAUCCCCCAUUCCUGUGGUGCUCUACAGCGUCCCUGCCAACACUGGCAUGGACCUACCCCUGGAGGCUGUGGUCACCCUGGCUCAGCACCCCAACAUCCUCGGGAUCAAGGACAGCGGUGGGGAUAUCACCCGUAUCGGGCUGAUGAUCCACAAGACGCAGCAGGAGGAUUUCCAGGUGCUGGCAGGAUCGGCUGGCUUCCUGCUGGCCAGCUAUGCCCUGGGUGCCUCUGGGGGGAUCUGUGCCCUCGCCAAUGUCCUGGGGGCCCCACUGUGCCAGCUCCACCGCCUGUGCCAUGAGGGCCACUGGCAGGAGGCCCGCGAGCUGCAGCACCGGCUGAUUGAGCCCAACACGGCGGUCACCCGCCGGUUUGGGAUCCCAGGGCUGAAGAAAGUCAUGGAGUGGUUUGGCUACUAUGGGGGUCCCUGCCGCACACCCCUGGCUCCGCUGAGCCCCCCUCAGGUUGAGGAGCUGAGGGGUGCCUUCAGUUCAAAUGGCUGGUUGUGA